AUGGCGUCUUCAUCAGAUUAUAUCAUCGAAGUUAGAAUAGAUGUUUUAAAAACAUUGAAAAUCUUUGGAAUAACAGCAACUGCAUUGACAGCGAUUGGUUUGGGUGCAUAUUAUAUCCAUCACCGUAUGCAAAGUUCCAGACGUGUUAUUCUUCAAGAUGAAGUCAAACAUGUUCUUGAACCGUUUGAAUUAUCCGAUGAACAAUUGCGCCGUGUUAUGGCUAAUUUAAAUACCCAGAUGACCAACGGUUUAAAAUCCAACGACAGUGAAAACAAUGAUUUAGCCAUGUUUCCAACAUUUGUCAAUUUUAGACCCAAUGGUCAAGAAUCAGGAGAAUAUUUAGUUGUUGAUUUAGGUGGUUCCAAUUUUCGUGUUUCCCAUGUUAAUAUUGAAGGACGAAAUCGAUUACGCUUAAAAAAUAAAAUAUUUCUUAUACCACAUUCAUUAUUAUUAGGUGAAGGUGAAAAGCUGUUUGAUUACAUUGCCGAAUGUUUACAACGAUUUAUUGAUGAUAACGGUCUAGCUACACAUAAACGAGCUGAUUACAAAUUCGAUUUAGCCUUUACGUUCAGUUUUCCAUGUACUCAAACAAGUUUAAGUCAAGCAACUUUAGUAUCAUGGACGAAAGGUUUUAGUUGUACUGGUGUCGUUGGUAACGAUGUUGUACUUUUAUUACAAAAUGCAAUCGAUCGACGAAGGACCUUACAAAUACAAGUUGUUGCCUUAGUUAAUGAUACAGUAGGCACGUUAAUGGCAUGUAGUUCACUAUAUCGUGACUGUAGAGUCGGUGUUAUUCUCGGCACCGGCACGAAUGCAUGUUAUUUCGAAAAUCUUGAUAAUGUACCGAAAUGGGCCGGUGAACGGAAUCAAUCAACUAAACAAAUUGUUAUCAACACUGAAUGGGGCGCUCUUGGCAAACACGGUUGUCUUGAUUUUAUUCGAACAAAAAUUGAUCGCGAACUGGAUGAAUCAAGUUUAACACCGAAUCAACAAAUUUUUGAAAAAAUGAUUUCCGCUCUGUAUUUGGGUGAAAUCGUUCGGUUGAUCAUAAUCGAUUUAGUUCGAUCUUCGAUUCUUUUUCCUGAUCGUAUGCAAAAAGCACCUAGCCGUGGGCGCGAUUACAAUAUUUUUCUUAGUCUACGCGGAAGUUUCUAUGCGAAACAUGUUGCCGACAUUGAAUGUGAUAAAACUGAAGAUUUAUCUGUGACAGCAUCGAUUCUUACUUCCAUUGGUAUUUACGAUCCAUCCUAUGACGAUUGUUAUAUUAUUCGUGAAGUUUGCAAAACAGUAUCACUUCGAGCAGCAAAAUUAGCAGCCGCAGUUAUUGCUGUGGUUGUCAAUCGUGUCAAUAUGCCGUCGGUUACAGUGGGUGUAGAUGGUACACUUUUCCGACAUCAUGCACGAUUUAGAAAGAAUCUUAUUCGUACUAUGAGCCGACUUGUUCCAAGAACUCAUCGUUUGGUUCUUUCUGAAGAUGGUUCAUCGAAAGGCUCAGCGUUAGUAGCAGCUGUUAAUCGACACAACCAAGAAACAUUGACAUCAACAUAA